AUGGAAAACGAUGUACACGCCUGGAUUCAUAUCUUUGCGCUGCUUUGUCUUUGUGACUGGUCCGCUGCACAGUUAUCUUACACCAUUUCAGAGGAGGCGAACAAAGGCACGGUGGUCGGGAAUAUCGCAAAGGAUUUGAACUUGAAUGCACAGGAUCUAGAAACGAGGGAUCUACGAAUUGUUUCGAGUUAUCGUGAGAAAUAUUUUGACGUGAAUUUGCGGACCGGGAACCUGUUUGUCGACACGAGAAUAGACCGAGAAGAGCUUUGUCCGAACACAGCACAAUGCUCGCUGAGAAUACAGGCUGUUUUAAGCAAUCCAAUGAAUGCACACCGGAUUGAGGUUAGUGUGGUAGAUAUAAAUGAUAACUCGCCAGAAUUCAUUGAACAAUUGUAUUGGUUAAACGUCUCGGAAUCACAAUCAGCGGGAGAGCGGUAUUUUCUCCCCAUAGCAGUAGAUGCAGAUAUUGGCAGUAAUUCAGUAAAGACAUACAAGCUGAGUUUAAAUGAACAUUUCUCUCUGGAUGUGCAAAGCGGCGGAGAGCACGGAGUGUCCGCUGAGUUAGUGCUGCAGAAAGCUUUGGAUCGAGAGAAACAGUCGCUAAUUCCGCUUAUUCUGACGGCUGUGGAUGGAGGAAAACCUCCCAGAUCGGGUACAUUGAAAAUUAAAGUAAAUGUAAUCGAUGCCAAUGAUAAUAGUCCCACCUUUAGCAAAGCGCUUUAUAAAGUGCGUGUCAGAGAAAACGCAACUCCUGGUUCACUCGUUAUUAAAUUAAAUGCAACCGAUGCAGAUGAGGGCAUGAACAGUAGGAUCCUGUAUUCCUUUCUCAAACGAGGUAAUAUUGAUCCAUCAAGUAUUUUUUAUUUAAAUUCAGAAACUGGAGAGAUGACUGUGAGGGGAACAUUAGAUUGUGAAGAGACUCCUGCUUAUGAGGUCAGAGUACAAGCUAUGGAUCAAGGUCCUGUUCCUCGUAGCGCACUUGCCAAAUUAUUAAUAGAGAUAAUUGAUGUGAAUGACAAUGCCCCAGUGAUAUCAGUGACGUCACUACUGACGCCUGUAAAAGAAGACGCAGAGCUGGGGACAAUAGUUGCUUUUCUCACAGUGAGUGAUACAGAUGGAGGAAACAAUGGAGUAGUUAACUGUAAGGUAGAGGGCUCUGUUCCAUUUAAACUCAAGUCCAACUACAAAAAUGACUAUUCAUUAGUAGUAGAUGGACCAUUGGACAGAGAAAUUAAUUCUAUUUACAAUGUCACCAUCACAGCUGCAGACGAAGGAAUUCCACCUCUGUCCAGCACCAGGGUCAUUACUGUUCAUGUUUCUGAUGUCAAUGACAACGCACCUCGUUUCAUGGAGCCUGUGAUAAAAGUUUACGUGAAAGAAAACAGUCCAACAGGAUCCAUUAUUUAUACGAUAAAUGCUUCUGAUCCUGACUUGGAUAGUAAUGCAAAACUGACUUACACGUUGUUAGAUAAUUCUCAAAAGAAUAUUCCAAUUUCAUCUAUUGUAAAUAUCAACUCGGAGACAGGAGAUAUAAUCAGUUUGCAGGCUUUGAACUUCGAGGAGCUGAAAACGUUUCAGUUUAAAGUUCAGGCCACAGACUCUGGUGUUCCUCCACUCAGCAGCAACGUCACUGUGGACGUUUUUAUCCUGGAUGAGAAUGACAACAGUCCUUCGGUUCUUUCUCCGUAUUCUGAGCAUGGCUCUGUUAACAGUGAGAGCAUCCCCUAUUCUGCAGAAGCGGGAUACUUUGUGGCAAAGAUCAGGGCUGUAGACGCAGACUCUGGAUACAACGCGCUGCUUUCUUAUCACCUCUCUGAGCCCAAAGGAAACAACCUCUUCCGGAUCGGAACCAGCACCGGGGAAAUCAGGACUAAGAGGCGAAUGAGUGACAAUGACUUGAAAACUCACCCCUUGGUGGUGCUGGUUUCUGAUAACGGAGAACCCUCCCUGUCAGCUACUGUGUCUAUAGAUGUGGUGGUGGUUGAGAGCACAGCUGACAUCCAGACUCAGUUCAGACAUGUGCCCACAAAGGAAGAUGGCUUCUCUGACUUAAACCUGUAUCUGCUGAUCGGCAUCGUGUCGGUGUCAGUCAUCUUUCUGCUGAGCCUCAUCACUUUAAUAGCUGUCAAAUGCCACAGGACAGACAGCAGUUUCAGCAGGUACAGCGCCCCAAUGAUCACCACCCACCCUGACGGGAGCUGGUCUUACUCGAACGCUACUCAGCAGUAUGACGUCUGCUUCAGCUCAGACACGCUCAAGAGUGACGUAGUGGUUUUCCCCGCACAGUUUCCGCCUGCAGAUGCAGAACUGAUCAGUAUUAACGGAGGAGAAACUUAUGGCAGGACUCAGACUUUACCAAACAAAGACAAGGUAAGAUAA